ACGCGGAGCGGCGGCGACUGGCACGGCGAGGGAGGCGACCCCGGCGUCUCAGACUUUUUUCAAGAGCUCAAUGGCCUCCCGGAAGAAGAAACUUCAAGGUCUGGUUGCUGCAACCAUCACGCCGAUGACUGAGCAUGGAGAAAUCAACUUCUCAGUAAUUGGUCAGUAUGUGGAUUAUCUUGUGGAAAAGCAGGGAGUGAAGAAUAUUUUUGUGAAUGGCACAACGGGAGAAGGCCUGUCUCUGAGCAUCUCGGAGCGCUGCCAGGUCGCAGAGGAGUGGGUGACAAAAGGAAGAAACAAGUUGGAUCAGGUGGUAAUUCACGUAGGAGCCCUGAGCUUGAAGGAGUCACAAGAACUGGCCAAACAUGCGGCAAAAAUAGGAGCCGAUGGCAUUGCUGUCAUUGCACCUUUCUUUCUCAAGCCACGGAACAAAGAUGACCUCAUUGGUUUCCUGAAGGAGGUGGCUGCUGCUGCCCCGGAACUGCCUUUUUAUUACUAUCACAUCCCUUCCUUGACAGGGGUAAAGAUUCGUGCCGAGGAGUUGUUGGAUGGGAUUCAGGAGAAGAUCCCCACCUUCCAAGGGCUGAAAUUUAGUGACACAGACCUGCUCGACUUCGGGCAGUGUGUUGAUCAGAAUCGCCAGCGACAGUUUGCUCUCCUUUUCGGGGUGGAUGAGCAACUGCUGAGUGCUCUAGUGAUGGGAGCGACCGGAGCAGUGGGCAGUACCUACAACUACCUGGGGAAAAUGACAAACCAGAUGUUGGAGGCUUUUGAACGGAAGGACUUCUCUUCGGCCCUGAAUUACCAGUUUUGUAUUCAGAGAUUCAUCAACUUUGUGAUCAAACUAGGUUUUGGAGUGUCACAGACCAAAGCCAUCAUGACGCUGGUGUCUGGGAUUCCUAUGGGCCCACCCCGGUUUCCACUGCAGAGAGCCUCCAAGGAGUUUACAGAUAAUGCAGAAGCUAAACUGAAGAGUCUGGAUUUCCUUUCUUUUACUGACUUAAAGAAUGACAACUUGGAAGCCAACAGCUAAUGCCUCUCUGUCAAGUCAGGGUGUGUACCUCAUAGUGUAAUCCACCUUGAAGAGUGCAUCCAUUUCUCAAGGACUGUAUAGACUGUAUCUCUCUUAGUUGCUUGAACUAAAGUCUUUCCCACCCAACGAGAUCGCACAUCAAUCAACAAGUAUUUUAAGUACCUACUAUUAUCUUUAAAAAGUUUUAUGUCCUGAAGGAGCAAAAACUGUAAAAGGGGACGUGAGCCCUGAGUCAUUCAACGCUGCACAAACUUUGUGGGGAGAAAUUCCUGCCUGUGUGGAUGAAAUGGAAUCAAGAGGAAAAUUGUAAUUCAUUCCAUUUGCCUUUGGUUGCUCCCAUUAUGUUGAUUUCUGGUUGUUAAUCCUGUUUUGAAGUGUUCUCAUUUCAAACUACUAUCAUGUACUUUCAUUUUAAUGAAUAUUCAUUUGGAACCUGGGGAAAAAAAACUCUGAGCUAUGGCAUUCGGGCAGGCAUGCUAACUUUAAUGCCAGAUUACAACAUGACUUAACUGUACACAACUAUUGCAUUGACACACCAAGCUGCUUUGGCUGCUCAGUCUAACUGUAGAGUACCUGCUUUCAGACUGUGAUGUGACAGGUUUUCCCCUAACACUGGGUUAGGUGAGGACUUGCUUCCGUUCCUAUACCUAAAGGGCCCAUUAGGGUCGUUUUCACAUAACAAAGGAAAGGCCUUCCCAAAGAAUUCGAGUCUCCACCUGUUGCUAUAUGAGAACUUCUGAAAGCUCAGAGUUUCAAAGAACCAGAGUUCUGCUCCUGGCACCACAGACUUCACCGUCCCCCGCUGAUAAGGAAGUUUCACCCCCACAUCACCCCGAAUUCUUGGCAGUGAAGGCCACCACCCCUUCUGCAGUGUGCCCAGGGCUGCUGUUACUUCCAGUCACGCUUUCGAGGAGUCACUUUUUAUCAGUGAUAGGAGAUUUAUCCAUUUUAUAUUAUCUAUUAAUAUAUAUUAAUUUUCUGAAAUCAGUGCUUGGAGAAUGUUUAAGAUGCUGGUGAGAUCUUAUGAACACAAAGAGCAAUAUCGUGGUUAAAACAAAAUGAGCAGAGCUGAGCUUAGCUCUCUGUUUGAACAUCCAACCCUAUAGAAAUGA